GCGUGGGCUCCGCCGAGGGUCGCGCUGGGGGCGACGCGACCAGGCUGGGAGGGGGGAAACCGCCCCCACCUCCUCCCCCCCCCCCCCCCCGCUCCCCCGGCGUGUCCUCGCCCUGCGGCUGCGUGGGGACAGGGCCGUCCUCCCAUUUUGCUGCGUGCGGCCGGGGCUGUUCCCCUGUUUUGCUGCGUGGGCCCCCCCCCCCACGCCGUGUCCCACGGCCGGUGCUGGUGGGGGACCAUGAAGGUGAAGGUGAUUUCUGUCCUGGAGGACAACUACAUGUACCUGGUGAUCGAGGAGAGCACCCGGGACGCCGUCGCGGUGGACGCUGCUGUCCCCAAAAGGUUGCUGGAAAUCGUCAGGAAGGAGGACGCGGUGCUCAGAGCGAUCCUCACCACCCACCACCACUGGGACCACGCGAGGGGCAACGAGGAGCUGGCGAGGCUCUGCCCCGGGCUGCGGGUGUACGGCGCCGAUGAGCGGAUCGGGGCCCUGACGCACAAAGUGACCCACGAGCAGGAGCUGACAUUCGGGGCCAUCCGGGUGAGGUGCCUCUUCACCCCCUGCCACACCUCGGGCCACAUGUGCUACUUCAUGUGGGAGGACGGCUCCCCGGACGCUCCGGCUCUUUUCUCAGGUGACACCCUGUUCGUGGGAGGCUGCGGGAAGUUCUUCGAGGGGACGGCGGAGCAGAUGUACACCAACCUCACCCAAAUCCUGGGGGCUUUGCCAAAAGAGACGAAGGUGUUCUGCGGCCACGAAUGCACCGUCCGAAACCUCAAGUUCGCCCUGAAAGUGGAACCGGAGAAUGAAAUAGUGAAGAAGAAACUCGCGUGGGCCAAACAGCGGGAUGACGAGGACUUGCCCACGGUGCCCUCCACGCUGCAGGAGGAAUUCCUCUACAACCCCUUCCUGCGGGUCACGGAGGAGCCCUUGCAGAAGUUCACGGGCAAGACGGACCCGGUGGAGGUGCUGAGGACCCUCCGCACCGAGAAGGAUAACUUCAAGAAGCCCAAGGAGCGGCCCAAUCCCCAGGCCGUGCUGGCGUUCGACUGGGGACUUUUCAGCCCUUUCCUGGAGCAGAAGUGAGCAGCCGCGGCGACCCGGCCGGCUCUGACUUAACCCGUAAGACUUGGCAAGUGGUUUUUGUCUUUAACCUGCUCGUUUGGAGGCUGCUCUGCCUUCGCUCCCUCCAGCGCCGUGCCGGCUCCCCCGGGAGCUCUGCUGAGCGCCCGGUCCCUGCGGGGAGGGAGUACGUGGGUGCCUUCAGCGAGCUGAGGCACCGCCCGACCACCCCCCCCCCCCCCCAGCCCGGGAGGUGUUUUGGGGAGGACACCCACGGUCAGGUUGCGGGGUGCAGUCUCCUCAUUUGUGCAAAAAAAGGGGAGAAGGUCUUCGAGGGACGGUGGUGCUGUGCCCCACGGCCCAGCCAGCGCCCGCUGGGCUGCCACGUGCUCGUGCUCCUGCCAGACCUGGGUGCUCCAUCGCGCUCCACGGGGGGGGCCGGGCUGGUGGGGCAGCCCCCCCCCCCCCCCCCCAAACCCUCCCUUUGCCCCCCUGAGGGCAGGGACGAGGCGCCGGGACUUGGAUGCACAAGGGACGGCGACUGGUGCUUUCGCUGGCGUUCGGCAGCACCGGCGUCGCUCCAGACCUGGGCUGACAGAAAUCCCUCCUUGCAGCGGGGUUUGGAGAAUUUUUUCCCCUCCUCUGCUGUUUUUUUUUUUUGUUUUUUUUUUUUCCUAUUUUUACAGUAGGCCAACACAGAAACAUUGUGCAGGGAUUUGUAACGCGAUCGCCGAUUUACGGGAGCCGUCCACACCGCUUAAACCGUGCCGAGUGCGCUCGGGCCUGGAGGACAGUGUAGUGUGCUCCAACCCGCUGGCUUUGCGAAAUACUUUUCAGGGUGCGACAGUUUUUAGGCAGCAAACAACAACGUGCUGCUGCACAUCCAUUGCUGCUUCCCCCCCCCUCUCCCCAAGAUAAAAAAAUGGGGAAAGGAAAGCAGUUGGCUGCAACUAAUAUUUAUG